AUGGUGUUUGAAGACAUCAGAGAGCCCCAAGCAAGAAUCAGGGAAGAAUGCUGGAAUGAAAGGGACUUAGAGCCACUUCCACAGCAGCAAAAGCCUGAGGAAGCUCUGCCUAGUCUAGGCUUCCUGAAUCUUGCCCAAGUACUCACUAUAGAAAUAAGGAGAAUCACAGAUAUCUGGAUAGCUUUGAUUGACUCUGGCUCUUCUGCCAAUUUGAUUAAUACUGAACUUGCUUGCUCCCACAACAUUCAACUCAUUGAACUGGACUCCACACGCUCUGUCAUUGGUAUGACUGGCAGAAAAGUCCAUGGCUGCAUUCGCUCCAAUUAUGGCUUAGUCUUCAGUCUUAACAGGCCAUUUUCUGCCAUCUUCUAUGCUCUUCCCUUGGGAAACAGGAAUCUUAUCCUUGGAACUCCCUGGCUUAAAUUGGCUAUCCCUGACAUUGAUUGGAAUACCAUGAAAUUCUCACUCUGCCUGGCAACAGAAGCACAAGUUGGCAACGUCGAUCCUGAGCCUCAGAACUUCUCUGCUGAGUUUCAGGAAUCCCAGAAGGUCUUUAACAAAGUGUUUUUCACCCUGACAGAACAUUGCCUGUAUGACAUUCCUAUUGGUCUGGAAGAUGAGUAG